AUGGGCAUGGAUAUGGACAUGGGAAUGAACAUGAACAACACUCAAGCGCAGACGCAAACAGAGCCAAGUGACCACUCGCCCAUGAGUUACUUUGCCUACGACAAGCAUCGCGGGACAAUCGUGGCGCAUAUUGCGCUCAUGGUUCUGGCUUGGUGUUUCGCAUUGCCAAUAGCUGUUAUGCUGAGUGUUGCGCGAUCACGCUUUGCGCUGCUGUCGCAAUUCUUCUUCCUGGUGUUUAAUGCGUUCGGAUUGCUCCUCGGAACCAUCUACAACAGUCAGACUCCUGAUCUUUACCAAAACAACGCGCACCAUAAGAUCGGGUGGAUCGUGACCUGGGUCAUCAGCGCGCAGAUCAUCAUGUCGCUGAUUUUUACCUAUGCGGGCAGAGGCGAAAACGAUACCUCUGCAUAUGAGCGCGCUCAAUUCCUUCCUGUCUCCACGGAUGACAUGGCCGAGAGCCCUCACAGCUACCCCACUGGUAUUUGUCAUGAAUACCGCUGGUCGCGAGAUAGCGGCCAAGGCACGGAGAGGAACUCUUCCUCUAUUCACAGCCGUGCUAGCUCCUCGUCCUGUCCCGACGAAUACGAGGGUUUUGAGAAGCCGGAAGAACAGGCCCCCGAAAUGCCAGCUCAGGCUCGUGGCGGUUGGUUUCACAGUACCUUUUUCGACCGUUUCCUUACCAGUCGCGUGCCUCAAAUGGUCUCCGGUCGUGUUCUCCGUGUCCUUAACUUUCUCUAUCUGGUUAUUGACAGGAUCAUUCUGCCAUUUGGCUUCAUCGCUGUCGUGACCGGCGCAGUGACAUAUGGUGGUAUCAUGCAAUCAGGUGCUAACCGAAUCCAGCGGGAACGAGAAGUCUUCAACGGUCUGGCACACUUCAUCAAAGGCGGCAUUUUCUUCUGGUACGGAUUGCUCACACUAGGACGCAUGAUGGGCUGCUGGGCGGAUCUAGGCUGGGCCUGGAAUAUCAAACCGACGCGCGAAAUCGUCGGCUGGAAGGCCCGGGUGGCUACCGGUGAAUUUACCGAAUCCGCAGUGAUUUUCACUUACGGCGCGAGCAACAUGUUCCUCGAACACCUUGGCAGCGCGGGUGGCGCGUGGACCGCCACAGAUCUCGAACACGUAUCGAUCUCCAUCAUGUUCUUUGGUGGUGGUCUGUGCGGUAUGCUUUUCGAAUCCAAGCGCGUCAAGAACUGGUUGAAUAGCAGCGUUCUGCGAUACCCUUCUCACCUCGAGGCCCGCGGAGCUCCCGACGCUGCCUGGCGCGUUCCCGACACCCAGGGGGUGUCACUGAACCCGAUGCCUGCGCUAGUUAUCCUCCUCCUGGGAAUGAUGAUGGGCUCGCAUCACCAGACUAGCAUGGUGUCCUCCAUGGUCCACAAACAGUGGGGUAAUAUGUUGGUUGGCUUUGCGCUGGCCCGCGGCAUGACAUAUGUCCUGCUCUAUAUUAAGCCGCCCACCUCGUAUCUGCCAUCUCGUCCACCGACGGAGAUUAUUGCUGCGUUUUGCUUGACAGCCGGUGGAUUGAUAUUUAUGUUGAGUACCCGCAACGUUAUCGACGCGAUCGAAUACUACGAUCUCGAUGCGAUGUUCGUCUUCACUGUUGGUAUGGGACUCACCGCUUUCAUCAUGGCGAUGGAAAUCUUGGCUAUUUCCAUCAAGGCCUGGGCGGUGAAGCGCGAAUCUCCUCCUCGGCUCGCUCCCUUCCGAUUCCCUGCUUAAUCCUACGAGCGUUUUCAUCGAUAAUCUCGGGGCGAUAUUUUAAGUGACAAUUUUGGAACCAUCGUGGGAAACAUCAACCUAUCCAAUCGAUCGACAUGGAUAGCAACAUCUACGUCAACGUCGACAUCACCGGCGCCAUCGCCAUUACAUCUCCACAAAUGAAAAGAAGAAAAAAAAAAACAAGAGAAAAGAGAAGAAAACCCCCCAAAAACAUUGCAUGGAGUUUCGAAAGUAUUAUACCCCUUAAACCGUUUGAUUUCUUCUAGCCUGGUGUAUGGGGCUUCAAGUGACAGUGACAUAACGCACACAUGCCUCAGUUGGUAUGAUCUGCGAUAAUAUGCGCCUGGCUGCAUUAUAUAUACCAGGGACCGUUUACCUAUUUUUUUGCCCUUUUCCUUGCUGUUCCCCUUAAUAAUGAUGUUUCUAUGUCAAGUA